AUGGAAUCCCAACAAUUAUCUCAACAUUCACCCAUUUCUCAUGGUAGCGCCUGUGCUUCGGUUACUUCUAAGGAAGUCCACACAAAUCAAGAUCCGUUAGACGUUUCAGCUUCCAAAACAGAAGAAUGUGAGAAGGCUUCCACUAAGGCUAACUCUCAACAGACAACAACACCUGCUUCAUCAGCUGUUCCAGAGAACCCCCAUCAUGCCUCUCCUCAAACUGCUCAGUCACAUUCACCACAGAAUGGGCCGUACCCACAGCAGUGCAUGAUGACCCAAAACCAAGCCAAUCCAUCUGGUUGGUCAUUUUACGGACACCCAUCUAUGAUUCCGUAUACACCUUAUCAAAUGUCGCCUAUGUACUUUCCACCUGGGCCACAAUCACAGUUUCCGCAGUAUCCAUCAUCAGUUGGAACGCCUCUGAGCACUCCAUCACCUGAGUCAGGUAAUACAUUUACUGAUUCAUCCUCAGCGGACUCUGAUAUGACAUCCACUAAAAAAUAUGUCAGACCACCACCAAUGUUAACCUCACCUAAUGACUUUCCAAAUUGGGUUAAAACAUACAUCAAAUUUUUACAAAACUCGAAUCUCGGUGGUAUUAUUCCGACAGUAAACGGAAAACCCGUACGUCAGAUCACUGAUGAUGAACUCACCUUCUUGUAUAACACUUUUCAAAUAUUUGCUCCCUCUCAAUUCCUACCUACCUGGGUCAAAGACAUCCUAUCCGUUGAUUAUACGGAUAUCAUGAAAAUUCUUUCCAAAAGUAUUGAAAAAAUGCAAUCUGAUACCCAAGAGGCAAACGACAUUGUGACCCUGGCAAAUUUGCAAUAUAAUGGCAGUACACCUGCAGAUGCAUUUGAAACAAAAGUCACAAACAUUAUCGACAGACUGAACAAUAAUGGCAUUCAUAUCAAUAACAAGGUCGCAUGCCAAUUAAUUAUGAGAGGUCUAUCUGGCGAAUAUAAAUUUUUACGCUACACACGUCAUCGACAUCUAAAUAUGACAGUCGCUGAACUGUUCUUAGAUAUCCAUGCUAUUUAUGAAGAACAACAGGGAUCGAGAAACAGUAAACCUAAUUACAGGAGAAAUCCGAGUGAUGAGAAGAAUGAUUCUCGCAGCUAUACGAAUACAACCAAACCCAAAGUUAUAGCUCGGAAUCCUCAAAAAACAAAUAAUUCGAAAUCGAAAACAGCCAGGGCUCACAAUGUAUCCACAUCUAAUAACUCUCCCAGCACGGACAACGAUUCCAUCAGUAAAUCAACUACUGAACCGAUUCAAUUGAACAAUAAGCACGACCUUCAUCUUAGGCCAGAAACUUACUGA